UCUGGCUACGGUACCUAACUUCCAGUUCUCUUCAGCUCGGCUCGAGUGAGUAGAAACCUGUUGCUAUUACAGUCGGUUUGUCCACAGGAGAGUAAUGAGUGGCUUCUUCACAAGUGUGCGAGAAGCUGCUAGUCGGACAACUAUGCGAGAUCUUCACGAUCAGUUUUUGUCGCAGCAGUCUUCAGGAGACUCGAGUUUUUGUCAUAUGUUCGAGCUAGUCGUUAUGGUUGGCAAAUAAAAGGGGGCAGUUCGGUUUUAGUGGCCUCGAUUAGACUUGUUUCGUUGCCAGUAGUGCAUUUAACACUGCCAGUAUGCUGCCUAGGAGAACACUACAAACUAGCGCAGCCGUGUUGGUUUCUAUGAUUUGCAGUUCAGUUAUUGCAGACAACGUAAUUAAAGGCGGAUAUAUUGGAGGGUACGCAAACUGUGAUGAAGAUGGUCACGAAUAUUACGAUCAUAGACGCCACAGACAAGUGAACUACAAUAAUCAACAAGCUUACGGACAAUUUGGAUUAGCUCAACCAUUGAACCUGUUUGCGCGGGUAGUAGAAUCUACGGCGGCUGUAUUCAAGAAUACGAAUAAACAAAUAGAAUCCACGUUCAAUCAGCUGGCAAGACCAUAUGCUUCGGGAGGACAAGGCGGAUAUGGAGUAGGCGUCGGAAUCACCAUUGGGAAUAACGGAGGACUUGGACAAAACCCGUAUGGAUACGCUCCUCAAUCACCAUAUCAACCACCACCACAACAUGGUCGUCCACCGGCACCACCGCCACCCUAUGGUCGGCCACCACAUCAUGGUCCUCCUCCUUCAUCGCAUGGCUAUCCACCUCCACCAGCAUACGGUGGAUAUCCACCAGAUCAUCAAGGACACCACCACGGUCACGGUCAUGGGCAUGAAUAUGGUCACGGAAAUGAGCAUGGGCAUGGAAAUGGGCAUGAAUACGGCCACGGAAAUGGACAUGGGCAUGAAUAUGGCCACGGAAAUAGUAAUGGACAUGAGCAUGGUUACAACCAUCACCACGGAAACGGAGACUACAGACCGCCAAUUUCACAAGGUCCCCCAAAUAAAUACCCCGGUGGAAUACCCAAUCAGUUUCCGGGAGAAGCGCCUCCUUCAAGACCAAACUCUCCAAAUGAUCCGUUCCUUCCUCCAUCAAAUCCAAAACCAAUUCAACCCACAGGUCCCUUUCCAAGCUCAACAUAUCCACCAAUAGUUCCUGCUCCAGCUCCAGCCCCAUCACCGUCAAUUGUUCCAAAACAACCACCUGCACCGGUACCACCACCACCAGCUCCAGUAGCUCCUCCACCAUCACCGAUCGCCCCACCACCCCCUGCGGUAACACCAACACCCACUGAAGACAUUGAAGAUGUUACCUAUGAUCUAGAUAUACGAGGCGAGUUUAAUGAAACCGACACUCGAAAGCGUCGUCAAGUAUUGCCAAAUCUUUUCUCCUCGAUUGGUAAUAUCGUACAGUCUGGCCUAAACCUCGCAAAUCCAAAUAAUUAUAGACAACCAGGUUCAACGCAACAAGUGUUUCCACUUUUCAAUAAUUUCGGACAACGCCCAGCCUUUGGGCAGCCAUCAACGCAACGACCAACCGAAUUCAACGAGUUCCAACAGUCAACGCCAUCCCGACCACAAAGAAUUCCGCAAACAACCAGCAAUACCGAACCAGCACCGGAACUACCCGAGCUAAACCUUCAACAGCUUGGCAACACCGACAUCACAUGGACGUACGAAAACAUCGGUGUCGACCGAGGUAGCAUACGCGUUCGCCGAAAUUCAGAUUUCUACUUUCCAACGGAUGACGACGAGUUUCGACCAACCCCCUACAGACCGCUGCACAAACCAACGCGGCCUUCCAGCAGUUCUCAAGCUGUCGCACAGUCACAGUCCGAGAAUACCUGGGGUACAUUCCAACCGGGCAGCAGUUCUCAAUCUGGCUCACAGUCGCAAUCCGAGAAUACCUGGGGCGGUUUCCAGCAGAGCAGUGGUUCACAGUCUCAGUCGCAAUCUACCCAGAACGAGCUGGGACUGUUCAACCAAAACUCCGCCGGCAGUACCUCCGGGAACAUCGCAGUCGACGGUUCAUCCGGUCAGCUGAGUGCCGCUAAUACAAUGCAGCAGAGCUUCCAGACGGCCGAUUCGUCGGGCAGCAAAAAUACCGCCCAAAGUCAGUCGGCAAAUUUUGACAAGGAAGGUAACCUCGCACUGUCUUCGUCCAACGCCAACACGAACUCCGUUCGGGAGAAGAACAAAUUCAAGGAACAGUCGAAUGCUGGUUCGUCAUCAACGCUGCAGAACCAGCACGGCACCUCGUCCAGCAAUGCGCAAACCAAUUCGGAGACGUUCUUCGAGAAUGGUUUGCAGGGUAACAAAAACACGGCCUCCAGCCAGUCGCAGCAAAUCAACAAGGACGGAUCCGUGUCCGGGUCGAACUCGAACACGAUGAGCAAUACCUUUACCGGUCCGAACGGGCAGCAAGGUUCGUCGUCUUCCAGUCACUCGUCCAGCUUCAAUCAGGGCGGAUCCGGAUCAACGUCCGGCGGAGGUGGGUCUUCGUCUUCGGCCAGCUCGUCGUCUGGAAGCUCGUCGUCUUCAAGUUCAUCUUCCUCCAGCUCCGGGACUGGGGGCGCUUUCAGUAUUAGCGGCUCGUUUGCUGGUUUGCCUUCGUUCGGACCGUUCCCGAAUCUGUUUCAGCAGUUUAAAAAUCAGCUGGGGAGUACGGGAAAAUAGUGUGUAAUUCAUAGAAUAGAAACAAUGGAAUAAAGUAAAAGUUGAAGGUUGCUAUUUA